CUCUCUCUUUAAAAAAAAAAAUCAACAUUACAAGAUGGCUACGUUAGAAGAUAAAUCUUUAUGGGAAUCCGAAAAUAAUGACAACGAUAUUGGACAAGAUAUUCUUCGUUUAUCACCUGAAGAAAUCACAAAUAGAACUCGUUUACUUGAAAAUGAUAUUAAAGUUAUGAAAUCAGAAAUUGUCCGUCUUCAACACGAACAAGCUGCUAUGAAAGAAAGAAUUAAAGAUAAUAAAGAAAAAAUUAAAUUGAAUAAGCAAUUACCUUAUCUUGUUGGUAAUGUUGUUGAAUUGCUUGACGUUGAACCUGAGGAAGAUGAUGCAGAAGGUGGUAAUGUCGAUUUAGAUAGUCAAAUUAAAGGAAAAUGUGCUGUCAUUAAAACAUCUACAAGACAGACUAUCUUUUUACCGUUAAUUGGUUUAGUGGAUGCAAGUGAAUUAAAGCCAGGGGAUUUAAUUGGUGUAAAUAAGGAUAGUUAUUUAAUUCUAGAUAAACUUCCUGCUGAAUAUGAUUCACGAGUAAAAGCUAUGGAGGUAGAUGAAAAACCAACAGAAGAUUAUAAUGACAUUGGUGGUCUUGACAAACAAAUUGAAGAAUUGGUUGAGGCUGUUGUAUUACCUAUGACACACGCUGAUAGAUUCAAAAAUUUGGGAAUUAAGCCUCCUAAGGGUGUUUUAAUGUAUGGUCCACCUGGUACAGGUAAAACACUUUUAGCUCGAGCAUGUGCUGCUCAGACCAAUUCUGCUUAUCUUAAAUUGGCCGGUCCUCAAUUGGUUCAGAUGUUUAUUGGUGAUGGUGCUAAAUUAGUACGUGAUGCUUUUGAGUUAGCCAAGGAAAAGGCACCAGCAAUUAUUUUUAUUGAUGAAUUAGAUGCUAUUGGUACUAAACGUUUUGAUUCAGAUAAGUCAGGUGAUCGUGAAGUUCAGCGUACUAUGUUAGAAUUAUUGAAUCAAUUGGAUGGUUUUUCUUCCGAUGAUCGCAUUAAAGUAAUUGCAGCUACCAACCGUAUAGAUAUUUUAGAUCCUGCAUUAUUACGUUCAGGUCGUUUAGAUCGUAAGAUUGAAUUCCCUCUUCCUAAUGAAGAGGCAAGAGCACGUAUCCUUCAAAUUCAUUCUAGAAAGAUGAACGUUAGUAAGGAUGUUAACUUUGAAGAAUUAUCAAGAUGUUGUGAUGAAUUCAAUGGUGCUCAAUGUAAAGCUGUUUGUGUAGAAAGUGGUAUGUUGGCUCUUAGAAGAGGUGCAGUGGAAAUUACACAUGAAGAUUUUAUGGAAGCUAUUCAAGAAGUGCAGGCAAAGAAGAAGAUGACAUUACAAUAUUAUGCUUAGUUACAUGAGGAAGGAGAAGUAGAA